AUUUUCAAAGACGAAUUCGUAUCCAAACAAUCCCGUAUUUACAACAUUACCUAUAACUAUCUAUCAUGAUUAAAAUGGGACAUCCUUUGUUUACUCUGUUAAUUCUGUCGAUGGUGAUUGUAAGCUUUGGAGACAAAAUGAAAAAUAUAUAUACAUGGAAAUUUCCUGAAUUUGAAUGGCUCUCUAAGGAACAGGAGGAAGACGCGAUACGUUCUGGUAUUUAUAAUCCUUCCAACUGCAUGUUUGAAGAUGCAAAUGAAGCAGAAGAUGGAAGAUUAUUCAUUACUGUAACCAACGUAUACACACGUGCUUCACCUGCUUCUUUGACGACAGUAACUAAUAAAACAGGACUAGGAGGUCCAAUUUUACGGCCAUAUCCAGAUUGGAGUUGGUAUAAUAGCAACUGUGAUGGUAUUAUAAAUGUUUAUCGAAUAGACAUUCGAUGCAAUCACCUCUUCGUUAUGGAUACCGGCAAAAUCGGAACCGACCAAAUCUGUAAUCCAAAACUAUUGAUUUUCAAUUUAAAAGAUGAUACAUUAGUUAAAACUAUUAACAUCCCAAUUAAUAUUGCUGACAAAACUGGAUUAUUGACAGCACCUUUGGUUUAUAUUUCAAAUGAAACAUGCAUGCAUUUUCUGGAUAAAAUGAUAAUAUUUAUGACUGAUACGGGAAAUUCCGGUUUAGUGGUGUAUAACUCAUUUACAAACAGUAUGUGCAGAAUCGAAUCUGAUUACAUGGAACCGACUGAUACUUCCUUUUCUGUAAGGGGCGAAAAUUUUACAUAUGUGGGUGGUAUCUUCAGUAUAACAGUUCUUGACGAUGAUCUCUAUUUUGCUGCUGUAUCAGGAAAGAAAAUAUACAAAAUAAAAAUAAAUAACUUACUAAAAUGUCCAAACAAAGAAACAGCUAAUAAUCAAAUUCAACUUGUUAAAAUCUUAUCAAGCCAGACAAUAGCUCUCACAUCAGCAGGACAAUCAAUAUUUUAUAACGAUUUUUGGGCAAUGUUUAUUCUACUCAUGAAAAAAUCCAAUAAAUAUGAAACGGAAAUGUUAGCACAAGGCAGCGAAAAUUUUCAAUCUAUAAGUUCGAUGAAAAUUUCAAAUAAUGGAUGUCAGCUGAAGUGCAUAUCUAAUAGAUUUCAACUUUAUGCUUUGGGCAAAUUAAAUAUAAAUGAAACAAAUUUCCGUUAUUUCAAAAUAAAUUUGUGCUAAAAGAAAUACAGAAUUAGAAGAUAAGUUAGCAACACAUUGAAAGAAGAGAUUGGUUGCGGCAACAAAUUAGAUGAUUAAAUAUGGCAUAACAUUUUUAAUUGGUUGCAGCAAUCAAUUUUUGGUUGCGUUAACCAAUCGAAAUCUUAUACUGACAUU